CGCUAUAAAUAGCCGGGGCCGGCCGGGCACCGCCUUGGAGCCGGCGCCCACUGCGAGGCCCGCGCGGCGGGAUCUGGGCCGGCGAGCGCGGCCCGGCCUGGCCCGGCGCGCAUGGAGGCGGCGGGAGGCGUGCGGGCGCUGACCUUGCCUGCGGCUGACCGCCGGGGGGCCUAUGGAGAGACCGCCCGGGGGCCGAUCUGAGUGCUGCGGUGCCCAACAUCGCUGCCGCCCUUGCUGCUGCCGACCGCCCUGCGCCGCUGGCCGUCACCAUCGCCCUCACCUGCCGCUGGCCGCCGCUGCCCGACCUGGGGCCGGCGCUGCCGCCUAAGCCCCCUGCCCUGCUCCGGGACUCGCUGGACCCUGAUGGGGUAACGUGACAGGGACCCUGUGCGCCUGAGACUGCCUGAGACGCCCACCCCAAGGCCGCCCCCAAGUUGGUUCAUUUCAAGUUCAUUUUUCCUUUGGUCCUUGGGGGAUUGAGGCCCACCUGUGAGCCAAGGGUGCCGUUGGUCGUCCACUGAUGCAGGGGGGCGUCCCAGCGAGGGACACAGCACUGGACAGCGUCCCCACGGCCGGAUUCACUCUGGGCUUCUUAAGGUUUUUUUUUUUCUCGCUGACUCGUCACUCGUCUUUUGUUUCUACACCCCACUACCAUCAUCAGCCCCGAGAGACAGCUCUUUGGAGUUGCCCAUUUUACUUUGGGGGUCUUUUUUCUGACACGCUGGAUUUUCUUUUUUAACUAUCCACGCACCGGGCAGCUCCCUCCCCCUCCCGAGUAUUUGCACAAUAUUUGUGCGGAGUGAGGGGUGGGUUUUCAGACAGCCUCUCCUAGGACAAGCACAGCUGGCUCUUGUCUGGGCGGGCUUCUCUGGUCUGCGAGCCCAGCCCUCUCUGGCGCCCCCUCCCGGCCCCGGGGGCGGCCAUGGCGCGGAUGAACCGGCCGGCCCCCGUGGAGCUGAGCUACAAGAACAUGCGCUUCCUCAUCACCCACAACCCCACCAACGCCACCCUCAGCACCUUCAUCCAGGACCUCAAGAAGUACGGCGCCACCACGGUGGUGCGCGUGUGCGAAGUGACCUACGACAAGGCCCCGCUGGAGAAAGAUGGCAUCACCGUGGUG